AUGACGGAUUACACCGUCAGGGUUCAGCGCAUCCAGUACUUCGCUGCCCAGGUGUCCCACCAGAGCGAGAUGACGCUCUUCAUUGACAACGUUGGUCCCGACUGCACGAAGUCGCAGCUGCUGCGCUGGCUCGACUCGAGCGGCUUCCAGGACACUUACGACUACCUCUAUGUCCCUCGGUGCUUCCACACGCGGAAGAGCACGGGCCAGAUGUUCAUCAACUUCUUCGUCAUGGAUGUGAUCGACGCGUUCGUCGAGGCUGUGAAAGCUUCCGAUUUCGGGGCCGGCCGCGCCCUGAGGGUGCAGCUGUCGACGACGCAGGGCCUGGAGGCCAACAUGUCGAGGUGGGUCCGCGCGCGCUCCAGGCGCAUCCGGGACGCCGAGGUCCUGCCCUACGUGCGCCCGCUCGACGGGUCGGGAGUGGCCCACCCCGCCGAGGCAGUGCCGGCUGCGGCCGCGUCGCCGCAGUGCAGUGAGGUCCCGGUGCCAGCCGCGUGGACCUGCCUGCACGGGGCGGCCCUGCCGGGCCGGCCCGCGGGCGCGCCGACGUCUUGCGACGCCGCUCGCGGCGGUGGGCCUGGCGCACAGGCGACCGCGAGUUCCAGCUUCACCUCCAAGGCAACGAUCAAGGCGAGUGGCCGCGAGGUGAGCAGUACAAAAUCCAGGGACGGUGCUGGUCGCCCACGAUGA